GUGUGAGUCAGUUAGAGGAAGAGCGAGUUGUGAUUGUUCACGCUCCCUCCUCGCCGGGUAAUUCAUAAUGUAGUCAAAGAAAAACCGGCUGUCAGUUUACCUCACGUCACUUCAGGACGUUUCACUGGAGUUAUUUACUUUAUUCUUUUUGCAAGUUUAUUCCCUUUAACCGUGCAUCUGCUUGGGAAAAGAACAUCAAGCUCCUUUCUGUGACAUUUUCAUUCUCCAUCUUGGGAGGAGGCUGUCAUGAGUUUGUGACCCACCGGUGUACUGAGAGCAAUGCCAAGGUCUACAACUCAAGUCAGGACCCAUCAGUAUAAUAGAAUGCAGCAUUAAAGAAACACUAAAGAACAGCAACAUCAGUGUUAACAGAUGGGAAACACGCCACCAAGAGAGGACCACUUGGAUAUCCUGCAUUCUUUAAAGAGUGGAUCAUGACACACAAUCUAGGAGGAAAGAAAAGAGAAAAAAAUUGUGGAAUGCUGCUGGAUGAGACACCACUCUUUGACCCGUCUCUGCUUCAGGAGCUGGACUGGAGUCACAGCACAGUGUCCUUCUCUCCUCUCAUAUCCCCCUCCAACCCAGGUGAAGGCCUGGUCCUCAGGCCACUCUGCACAGCAGACUUCAACCGGGGAUUCUUCAAGGUUUUGUCUCAACUCACUCAGACAGGUGACGUCACACCAGAGCAGUUCACAAAAAAAUUUGAGCAUAUGAAGAAGACAGAAGACUACUAUGUCAUUGUGGUAGAAGACACAAAUCUAGGGCAGAUUGUUGCUACAGCCACAUUGAUCACAGAACACAAAUUUAUCCACUCAUGUGCAAAGAGAGGUCGGGUGGAGGAGGUGGUGGUCAGUGACGUCUGCAGAGGGAAACAGCUGGGGAAACUGUUAGUUUCAACUCUGACUCUUCUCAGCAAAAAACUCAACUGCUAUAAGAUCACACUGGAAUGUGCAUCCAACAACGUGGCAUUCUACCAAAAGUUUGGCUACAACCCCUCACACGAGAACUACAUGCAAUGUCGAUUUUUUGACUGAGGACAAAAGGGCCUUUAUCCUCACUCUCUUCAGGGGAGAAGGACUACACUUACACACAUGGAUCAAAUUUGGAAGCGUUACCCAGGGACUAGUUUGUGGUUUGGUUUACAAUCAGUGAUUUGCUCAUUCUGAUUUCAACACAGCAGUAAGAACACGUGUCAGGAGUCAGACAUCAUCCUCCACCCUUUUUGGUAACCAAGAAUGUAUCGUUGUGGUGGAGCUCUGACAUCACCCUCCCUCCACCAUCCAACGAAAUGGUACUUACGGUCGAUGCAGUUUUAUUUUAUUUAAUACAUUAGAAAAUACGGCAUACUGGAAGAGAACACACAAAAUGUCAAGUUACCAUGUAGCUGUUGUAAAUAGUUUUGAAUGGGGGGUGGGGGAAAGACAGCCACGAAUACUAAAUUAAUACAUACAGAAAGCUUGGUUAACUUCACUAUAAGUCUCCCCCCCCCCCCCCCCCC